UGCUGCACCUGCACGCAACAAUUGUCACGAGGUAGACGGCGGCCUGGCAUCUCACGCUGAGACGCCGGCGAUGAUGGUCGCUGCACAUGACCAAUCUGUUGACUGUCCUUCCUGACUUCCAGCUUGCCGCCUUCGCACAUAUCUUGCCAUCCUUGGAGAAGACUUCGAUCUCGACAGCAGACCUGCUCACGCUCGACGCGUUUGACAUCGCAAAGAGAGCUCAAGUCCCGCCAGGAGAGGUAUCAAAGCUUGCAGCUGCCCUACUCGAAGGGCUGCAUGGGAUUGACCAUGCUGCGGCUCACGAGGAAUCAACAGCGUCCAGCCAUGGCCUUUCCCACUUGAACGUUGAUGUAGCAACUAUCAGCUUGCUCGACGAUGGCCUUGAUGCCGCCUUAGGGGGCGGCGUAAACGUGGGAUGCAUUACGGAAUUCGUUGGUGAGAGCUGGCAAGACCCAAUGUCUUCUUACACUGCUGUUAUCCGUCCAGCUACCGGCACCGCAAGGUCUGGCGAGCUCUGCACUCUACAUCUCCACUGAGGCGCCAUUGCAGACUCUGCGCUUGGCGCAGUUACUGAACGCUAAUCGAAAGCUUACAACUUUACCUGCGCAUGAAAAGCCUUCUCUAAGCAGGAUACAAAGCACGCAUGUUCAUGACCUUGAAGCUCAGGAGCAUAUCUUACGCUUCCAA